GGCAGAAAAGAAAGCAGCCAGAGCCAGCUAGGUCUCAGAUAAUCCUCACUUCCGACAGGCAACCUCGCAUUCCUGUGGAACUGGGAUGAGGUGACAAUGGCCUGGAUCGGGGGUUCCAAGCCCCAUCUUUGCUUUCUGCCUCUACUUCUGUUUUACCCCUUCAGCGCGAAGCCAGGCGAUGCUCACUCUCUUUGCUAUAACUUUACCGUCAAUUCUCAGCCCAGACCUGGACAACCAUGGUGUGUGGUUCAAGGCCAGGUGGAUGGAAAGAUUUUUCUCUCCUACGACUGUGGUCGUGCUAAGAUCCAAUUCACAAGUCCAUUGGGGGAGGAGGUGAAAACGACAAAGGCCUGGGAAACACAGACUGAAACACUCAGAGACGUCGGGGACUUGCUCAGGGAGCAGCUGCCUGAUGUUACGUCGGAGAAACACAGGGUCACAGACCCUCUCACCUUGCAGGGCAGGAUGACGUGUCGGUGUGAAGACGAUGGACACAUCAGUGGAUCCUGGCAGUUCGGCUUCAGUGGACAAAUGUGCCUCCUCUUUGACUCAGAGAAUGGACACUGGACAGUGGUUCAUUCUGGAGGGAGACGGAUGAGAGAGAAGUGGGAGAAGGACAGAGCUGUGAGCAACUUCUUCAAAAAGGUCUCCAUGGGAGACUGUCGGGCCUGGCUUCGGGAUUUCUUGGUGCGCUGGGAGGAAAUGUUGACAACCACAGCAUCACCAACUGCAGCUCCCCUCAGAGUCAACUCCACGGCCACAGCCAUCAAGCACAUCACCUGGAUCCUCCACGUACUCCUCACCAGUUUCAUCAUAACUGUCUUCCUGGGCUGAGUCCUUUCCAGAAGCAGGAGGUGAUGCUCCCAGGAAGCAUGGCACGUGCUCUGUCUGCCUUUCUGCUGCUUUCCACUUUAGAUCCAGGAGAUCAGACCCCAAGAAUCCUCAGUGUUUUCCGGUUACGAUGACGCGGUACAUGCAUUGCUGCGGCCAGCACAAGCAAGAGUCGCACCUGCACAGGGAGAGAACAGAGCGUCCCCGCUAAGAAAAAUAAGAGAGAGACAAAGGAUGGGGUUGAGAGGAUC